GAAAAUUAAACGCAACACUGUUCUUCCAAAAAACACUUGGAGAAGCAGACCAGAGCUCCACAACUGGCAAUGCCUACUUUUCCUGUGGUGUUGCUGGCUGUAACAAUGGCAGCACUACUGGUAUUACCUGCCACAGCCAAAACUACUCGCUGGCCCAAGCAGCCCUACACCAAGCCUCCAGGCCCUGGCCGCCUCCCAGCCCCUGCCCGUCCACCCCCUGUUCCUGGCCGCCAGGGGCUUCAAACUACUACGACCGCCACUGUGUCCAGCACCGCACCUGCAGAAGAGACUACAGAUCCACUGGAGGCUUAUUCCUUUCCCUCGACUGACAGCACCACCUUCGCAGGUCAUAUGUUCCCUGACCACCAGACAGACUCAACACCCCCUAGUAUUAUACCAGGGAACUACAGCCUAGACUACAAUGAGUGCUUCUUCAAUUUCUGUGAUUGCUGCCCACCAGAAAGAGGCCCCUCAGGGCCAAGAGGCGAGCCGGGGUUACCAGGUAACAACAGCCACAGCCGAAAUGUCUCUGACCAGACAGGAGCACCAGGGGAGAAGGGAGAACCUGGACCCAGAGGACUCCCAGGUCUAACAGGAAUCCCUGGAAGCCUGGGAUCCAAAGGAGAAAAAGGAGAGAAAGGAGACCAAGGAAACACUGGCCUUGCUGGAGUGCCAGGAAUUGCAGGGAAACAAGGAGAAAAAGGUGAUAUGGGCCUCAAGGGAGAGAAAGGAGACAUAGGUUUCCCUGGUUUCAAAGGGGAACAGGGUGAAAAGGGUGAACAGUGUGAGAAUGGAACCAAGGGAGAAAAAGGUGAUUUUGGGGAACAGGGCCCUCCUGGACCCCCAGGAUCAGCUGGAGAGAAGGGUGACAAGGGUGAUCCCGGCCAAAAGGGUGAAUGCCUGAAUAUCACUGUAAAAGGAGAGCAAGGGGACAGGGGUGUGCCUGGUCCACAAGGUAUAAGGGGAGAGGCAGGACUGCCAGGAAUAAACGGAAUGCAAGGUCCCCCAGGCCCCAAAGGGGAGAAAGGUGAACUGGGCACUACUGGGGGGAAGGGAGAAGCAGGACCUAGAGGAACCCCAGGUCCCCCAGGUGGGAGAGGCAUUGCUGGUCCAAAGGGAAACAAAGGAGCCAAAGGGGCUCGUGGGCUAAGAGGGGUCAAAGGAUCACAGGGUGAAAGUGAGAUGCCGAACCGCUCUGGGUUUAGUGUCGGGCUCUUCCCCAGCAAGUCUUUUCCUCCCCCUGGCCUCCCAAUCAAAUUUGACAAAGUCUUCUAUAAUGAAGAGGGCCACUAUGACCUCAACAUCAACAAGUUCAACUGUACCUACUCUGGAGUCUAUAUCUUCACCUACCACAUCACCGUACGGAACCGUCCCCUACGUGCAGCUCUUGUGGUCAAUGGCAGCAAGAAACUUCGCACACGAGAUUCUCUGUAUGGUCAAGACAUUGACCAGGCCUCCAACUUGCUUAUGCUAAAGCUGUCAGCUGGUGACCAGGUGUGGCUGGAGACGCUGCGGGACUGGAAUGGUGUGUAUUCCAGCAGUGAGGACGACAGCACUUUCACCGGCUUCCUACUCUACAGUGACAAAGACUAA